CAAGAAAACACUUCAUAUCCCAUAAUCCUCGGUGUUAUUGACUCUCGGGACUCCAGGUACAUUUGCUUCACUCGAUGGUUGCAGAACAUACUUUUUGUGUAAACUUCUGAACACAGAGAAAUGGAUAACCAUGCUGUCAAAAAGCAACAGGCUAAAGCUGACACCAAACAGUUUGACCGGCUCUUCGUUCAAAUAGUAAAUGACUUGACAGAACAGGACCUUAGUCAUUCAGAAGUGGGAGAUGCAAUUAGACGGCUGAAGCAGGUCUUGGAGUACAAUGCCCCAGGAGGUAAAAGGAAUCGUGGCCUGUCAGUCAUUGCUUCAUAUCGGGAGUUGGUCACUUCUGAGCAACUCACACCUGAGAACCUGCAGCGAGCCCUGGUGGUUGGCUGGUGCAUUGAAUUGUUACAAGCCUUUUUCCUAGUGGCAGAUGACAUUAUGGAUGCAUCUUUGACCAGAAGGGGGCAACCAUGCUGGUAUAAGAGAGAUGGUAUUGGAUUAGAUGCUGUCAAUGACUCCUUUUUGUUGGAAGCCACCAUCUACCGACUGCUAAAAAAGUAUUGCAGAGGAGAACCUUUCUAUAUUAACCUCAUUGAGCUCUUCCUGGAAACAAGUUAUCAGACAGAACUAGGUCAAGCUUUGGAUCUGAUCACAGCCCCACCUAACCAAAUAGAUUUGACACGAUUCACUGAUGACAGGUAUAAAGCAAUUGUCAAGUACAAGACUGCUUUCUAUUCAUUUUACUUACCUGUUGCUGCUGCCAUGUAUAUGGCUGGAAUUGAUGAUGAAAUGGAGCACAAUAAUGCCAAAGCAAUCCUCCUGGAGAUGGGAGAAUUUUUCCAGAUUCAGGAUGACUAUCUCGACUGCUUUGGGGAUCCAGCAAUAACAGGAAAGAUUGGCACCGACAUUGAAGAUAACAAGUGCAGCUGGCUAGUUGUGGAGGCCUUGAAGAGAGUCACUUCAGAACAGCGGCAGGUGCUAGAAUUGUGCUAUGGCCGCAAGGACAAUGAAAGUGUUAAUCGCGUCAAGUCUCUUUAUACAGACCUGGAAAUGCCAAAGGUGUACAGUGAAUAUGAAGACAGCAGCUAUCAGCGUCUAAUGAGUCUGAUCGAACGUCAUGCCAAUAAACUUCCCCACUCAAUCUUCUUGUCUUUUGCACAGAAAAUUUACAAAAGAAACAAAUGAAUCUCUGAACAAUACAGUAUAUGGCCUUUGACUGCAGUGGCCACAGUUGAAAGAAAGAGACCAACUGUGAGUCUACUGUCCACAUUACAGAGAGAGAGUGAGAGAAAACUGAACUUCUGUUGAUCUGUCUUGUGUUUUUAAUUUUGUUUUUCCCUCCAAAACACAGAAGAAUCAAGUCACCUGCUUGCCCUGCAACUAAGUUAUUUUUGAAAAUGUGCUGCAUAUUUUCAUGUUUUUAUUUCUGUUGUUUUGUAUAGACAUUUAUUUUUAGAGGGAUUUCAUAGGUUUGAUAGACUGGACUAACGUUACACCUGUUUACACCUCCUCAAUCCCUUCAGUCAUGCCAGUGCCUUUCAUACGGUUAAAAGUUUAAAACAAUAUACUUGAACUCUUGAGAUACACAAGUUACUGUGGGCACAAUAAAUGCUGUUGUCACAAGUGGAUGUAUGGUGUGGCUAUUCCUCUUUAUCAAAAUGUCAUACUUCCAAUUAAAUACAGUAGAAUAAGGAGGCAAUGUGUUAACAGGUUAAGACAAUAUAAUGAACAAACUCUUAAGCAGCUGAGUGAUUGUAAAAACAUGUUAUAUAAUAAUUUAUAUUUUCUCCUGAUAUAUAAGUGAAGCUGUGACUUUUUUUCCUCCAUAGUUUUCAGUUACACUAAUAAAAGUAAUUCAGAAAAUUCUUAUCUGAAUGCGAAACUCUAGGAUCUCUGGAAAUCGUUCAUUUUAUGGAAAAAGGUGAAUUGCUCACAAGCCAUAGUGUUGCCAGAUAAGUAAAGUGUUAACCUGAAAUUUUUCUUGUUGCUGUUGAGAAAAAACUAUUUCAGUCACUGCGUGGUGAACAAGUAGCUCUUGCAAACACAUAAUUAUUGUCAUUUUUCAAGAUAAUGUUAGAAUUUUUAUUUAUGCAUUUACAAUGCUUGAAAUAAUGAGUUGCAUGGUUUAUGAUGCUUAGUGCAAGAUUGGACGUAUGAAGCUUGCACAAAUAUCAUGAAAGGGGUAACCAGGAAUCCAGUACUAAGGAUAUUAUGUAAUAUGCAGUAGACUUGUGUAGACAAGUUCUCUGUUGCAACUACAGUAUGUGGGACUUGUAUACUGAACCUGAUCUGAAAAAGUUCUAUGAUAAUAUAUUAAAAAGAAAUAAUACUGUAUACAAAGAUGUAAUAAAAGUAUUUGCAUAUUUUAACAA